UGGAGCAAGGGCAAAGGUCAAUAUCCACCGCGCCCCCCUAGCCCAGCAGCCAACAGUUCCUCCAGCGUGAAAAGGGAAAAGCGGAAGUGUGUUUCGUGCGUCACUUCCGGUAGCGCGCUGAGCGCCAAGACGGCGGCUCGGGGACGCCAUGUUGGGAGUGGCACACAAGGCGCCGGAACCCGGGCGGCCAUCUUGGAUAGGACUACGAAGCCUUAGAGGGAAUAGUUCUGGAGGUUUGCGCUUAAUGGCGGCGCAAGGUGCCUCCAUCUUGGGAGUGGCAGGUUCUGCCAUCGCCAAAGAAAGUUCCUGAAAAAACGCAGGCGAAUAUCCUGUGGGUUGGAGGCGGGAGGAGGGGGGGGAAAAAAAAAGACGACCACGUGACUCUUAAAGAGCCCUCCCCCACCCUAUGGCGGCGCCCCAUGCUGGGCCCGCCCCUCCACAGCGCCAGCCAAUGAGAGCAGCGGUGCGGAACGCGGACGGUUUCCAUGGGAGCGGAAAGGGAGGAGGGGAGGAGGUUACCUAGCAAUUGGGAGAUGCUGCUAGGCCCAGCCAAACGGUAGGAAAGUGCUUUCUCUGAGCCGGAGAAACCCGAACUGACGGAUCCCUGACAGAGGCGAUUCCUAGUCGCCCCCCCCAGCCCCUUGGACCUGCCUUUGUCCCCAACCCAAUCAUGACGUCUCCCCUGUGCUGGCUGGCCGCCACCAGUGCCACGGUGCCUCCUCCGGACCAGAUUCCGACUUCUUCCAAGGCCAAGGGCACUCAAGAUCAGACCAAAGGCCACCCUAGUAGAGUCAAGGUCCCCGGACAGGCCUGGCCUCCAGUCCAUUUCAAGGGACCCACCCAUGGGAAGGCCGCUAUCCAACUUCAGAUGGCUGAGUUACAAAGGAAGAUACAAGUAUUAGAGAGUGAUCGGAAGGCCUUUUAUGAGAGCAGCCAGUGGAACAUCAAGAAGAAUCAGGAAACCAUCAACCACCUACAUGAGGAGAACAGGGUGCUGCAGCUACGGCUGAGGGACCUGCUCAAGGGAGAAGAGAAAGUGGUCCAGGCAGUGAUUCAGGAAUGGAAGUCGGAAAAGCCAUACCUGAAGAACAGGACAGGCCAGCAGGCCCUGGAGUACCUGGACCACCAGCUGAGUGAGAAGGUGAAGCAACGGAACGCUCUCCGCCACCAGCUGGGAUUGCGGCAGAAGCGGCUGGAGGAGCUCCAGCUGCAGCACAGCCUACGUGAGAUGGAGAUGGCGGAGGUGCAUGAUAGCAACACUGAGGUGGCUAAGACCUUGCGGAACCUGGAGAACCGCCUGGAGAAGGCUCGGAUGAAGGCGGAGGAGGCGGAACACAUCACCCAUGUGUACCUGCAGCUCAAGGCCUAUCUCCAGGGAGAGAGCCUUCACUUCGAGAACCGUGUGGACUUCAUGGAGGCUGAGGCGGUGAGGAUGAAACGUGAACUGGAGGAGCUGCGCGUGGUGAACCAGGAGGCACUCAACACCCGGAACGUUGCCAAGAGCCAGCUGCAGUAUCUGGAGGAGACUGUGUUCCGAGAGCGCAAGAACCGCGAGCACUACGUGAGCGAGUUCAAGAAACUGGCGGAGGAGAGGAAACUGCAGAACGAGCGCAUGGAGCGCAAGACCCAGCGGGAGCACGUGCUGCUGCAGUCCGAUGAUACGACCCAGGACAACCGGAAGGCCAGGGAGGAGGAGCUGGAGAUGCGCUGGAGCAUGUACCAGAUGGAGAUGCUCUUCGGCAAGGUCAAGGACGCCACCGGCGUGGCCGAAGCACACGCGGUGGUGCGGCGGUUCCUGGCGCAGAGCGACACCUUCACGCAGUUGGAGAUGCUCAAGAAUGAGAACGCGGAGCUGCUGCAGGGACUGAAGGAAGAGAAGCAGCAGCUGCAUCAGGAGCUCGAAGAACACAAGUACUCAGGGGAGACCAUGCUAGUGAGUGAACAGAGGCUGCAGACUGAGUUGCAGAGUAGCCUCAAUGCAGAGCAGCAGCGGAAGGCUGAGGCCCAGGCCCAACUGGAUCAGGCCACGCGGGCGAUGCAAGUUGUGAGGGAGGGCAUGGAGGAACUGGCGGGCAAGCUGAACCACCUCACACUGGACAGCCAGGUCUCUGAGAAAGACCUACCCGGAGCCACCGAGGACUUAGCCCCUCAGCCGCAGGAGGCCGGGGGCUCUGCUGAGAAAGAGCUGGAUCGCACGGCCAGUGACUAUAUGCCCAAGCUGCUGGGCCUGGUGGAGGAGAAGCUGCUGAUGCUGCAGGCGCAGUUCGACAGCCAGGAAAUUCCGGAGAUGCUGCGCCACAUAGCGAAUCGCGAGUUCUACACCAACCUGGAGGGAAAGCUGCCCCCGCACAACACCCGCAUCACCUUCCCCCUGGCCAGCGCCGCGGACAAGUUCUUUGACGAGGAGGACACCGAGGACGACGACAACGACCUGGUGUCUCGCGCGGGCCUCAAGAUCCGCUCCCAGAAACUGAUUGAUUCUCGCAGCAAGAAGCGCAAAAGCCCUCGGAAGUCCUAGACUCGCCCUCGCACCCGCCUGGCCUCUCCCGGCCUCUGGGAGCUCCGAGUCCUCGGCGCCCAGCCCCCCGGCCCCGGGGUCCUUUGAGGGCUGAGCGGCCGGACGGAGCGAGCCGGCCUCGGCGCCCGGAAUAAAUAUCCGGCGGCCCGCCGGCCUCGGAAUCACAAAUAAAUGUCACCGACCAGC